GCAGAAGGAGCAGCCGUGUCCCCAGGGCUGGGGUCAAGCCAGGUCGCCGGCCCGCGGGGCGGCGGCCAGCAGCAUGAGCGGCUCGGCCCUCCUGAGGAGCAGUUCCGGCAAACGGGGCCUGGACAAGCUGGUGAGGCUCACCACUCAGCGGAGCGCGGAAGAUGAGGAGGAGGCCGCCCGGGAGCGGCGCCGCCGGGAGAGGGACCGGCAGCUGCGGGCCCAAGACAAGGACGGAGGCGGCCAGUCCCCCGAGCUGCCCGAGCAGGAGACCCUGCUCAGCCUGAAGCCCUCAGAGGCUCCAGAACUGGACGAGGAUGAGGGUUUCAGCGACUGGUCCCAGAAGCCGGAGCAGCAACGGCAGCACUGGGGGGCCGGGGAGACCUCCAGCUGCGGGGAGCCCCCUUGGGGCGAGAGUCCGGAGGGGCAGCAGGAGGCGGACAGGUCCCACCAGCAUGCCUGCAGGAACCAGGAUGGAAAUGAGCAGAGCCCAGCCAGUGUUUGCCUGGAGGCGUUGCAUCUGAGCCCCAGCUCAGAGCUCCAGGAGGGGCUGGCAACAGAGGAGAUAGAGCCCAAGAGCCCAGAGGGGACCAUGAAGGGCAGCCUGGGGCCAGCAGAAGCUGAGGAGGCAGAUGAGCAGCACCAGGAACGCCAGCAGCCCAGGACACCCAGCCCCCUGGUCUUGGAGGGCGCUACUGAACAGGGCUCGCCUCCCCUGAGCCCCAGCACCAAACUCAUCGACAGAACCGAGUCCCUGAACCGCUCCAUCAAGAAGAGUAACAGUGUGAAGAAGUCCCAGCCAGCACUGCCCAUCUCCAAGAUUGAUGAGCGGCUGGAGCAGUACACCCAGGCCAUAGAGACUGCUGGCCGGACCUCCAAGCUAACCCGCCAGCCCUCCAUUGAGCUGCCCAGCAUGGCCGUGGCAAGCACCAAGAGCCGGUGGGAGACAGGAGAGGUGCAGGCUCAGUCCACUGCCAAGGCCCCCUCCUGCAAGGAUAUUGUAGCUGGAGACAUGAGCAAGAAAAGCCUCUGGGAGCAGAAAGGAGGCUCCAAGACAUCAUCAACAAUUAAGAGCACCCCAUCUGGAAAGAGGUACAAGUUCGUGGCCACCGGACAUGGGAAGUAUGAGAAGGUGCUCGUGGACGAGGGCUCAGUGCCCUAGGCGGCCCUUCCUGCUCUCCUGAGACUACGGGUGCCUCUGGCAGCAACCUCCACGCUCGAGGGGAAGAGUCCAGCCUGAUGCCCACCCCGGCCCUGCCAUGGGAGCCACUGCCAUGACCUGCUUGGCCUGCCUGCACCCCUCCAUCAUCCAGCACGAUCGCCACCUCUGUUCCUCGACCCCCUUGACCUCUCUCCCCUCCCACUCUCUGACCCCCACUCUGCCUCUCAUGGCAGGGGCAGGAAAGGGACUGUCACUGGUGAUUGACCCAAGGGGCCACCCCCACAGAGGCCAAGGCUUCCCAAGGAAGGCCCAGGCUGGGCAGAGAGAGAACACCUGCUGGGGAACCUCCAGAUCAAGAGACAGUGAAUCCUGCACCACGUUCUCAGACCCUGCACCACCCCCCUCCAACCCCUGCUUGCAGCCUCCUCCUUCUAGUGCAAUAAAGCUCCUCGUGUGUUCCAAAUUCUCGUUCUGUGUUCACUAACUGGGGGAGCAACAAGGGAGCAGUGCCAACCCAGUUGGAAAUCCCUCCCUACCCACACUGGACAGUGGUAGCAGCCAGGUCUCUGGCCUCCAGAAUCAGAUACCGUUCAGUCCCAUGGCCUUCUGCAGUGUUAGACUCUGCAAUCUGAGGUGUAUGGUGGCUUAAGUUGGGGUGCAGGUGACGGGUGAGGUCCAGUCUUCUUCCAGAACAUCUGUGAUGCUACCCUCCCCUUGAAUGGCC